AUGGGGGAGCAGGUGGCCCAGGACAAGGGUUCACAGUUUCAGGGGGAGUGGUUCGUGCUGGGCCUGGCGGGCAGCACCCACAGCCGGGCGGACAGGGCCCUGCUGAGCCCUUUCACCGCGACGUUCGAGCAAAACAAAACGAAGAAGCUGGAGGUGACCUACGCCAUGAUCCGAGGCCAGCGCUGCGUCGUCUGGUCGUAUGUGCUGAUUCCCACAGCCCAGCCUGGCGAGUUCUCAGUGGCGAAGAGCAGAGAGCUCGGGACCGACACCGAGAAGGUGUGGGUGCACGAAACGAACUACAAUACCUUCGCCCUGAUGAGCUCCCGCAGGCGGUCGGUCCACCGGAGCAUCCUCAGGGUCCACCUGCUGUUCAGAGCGUGGGCGCUUCAGAGUGAGGCGCUGGAAAAAUUCCUCUGCCUCCUCAAAGCCCGGGGCCUGUCGGAGGCCAACAUCGUCUUCCCAGACAUUCCAGACUGGACGCGCUAUCGGAAAACCUGUGGAACGACCAAGUGACCCCGGGCCAGGCCUGUCCCUGCCCAGCACUCACUCCGCAGGAAGCAGCCGCGAGCCUGUGGCUGGGACGCUGGCCAUUUCCUCCGCGUGGCCGGCCGAGCACAGAGGAGCU